AUGGUGUACUAUAAGAAGCGUACUUGUCUUGUCUUGUCGUGUCGUGUCUUGUCUUUACUUCUACUCUCUUCAAAUAAUCAUAUUAUAUCAUAUCAUAUCAUAGCUAUAUAUUGUACCAAGUAUCUUUACAGACGUACAUACACACACACACACACACACACACACACACAUAACCAUAGGCGAAGGGGAAAGGAAGUAAUCAAAGAAAUUCAAGAGACAGCAAGACAAGCAGAAUCAUCAUUAAUACCCAUCACAAAGGAUCUUGAAAACAUUACCAGAGCAGAAGAUACUAACUUAACAAAUAUUCUUAUUAGAACUGCAGCUAAAAAUGAAAGAUUAUUAGAAGCCAAAUUGAAGAAAAAGGAACAAAAAAAAUCCAAUAAUAAUAAUAACAGAAUUAAUAAGAAGAAAGCCAUCGAAGCUAAAUUAUCACAGGCAUCAAUAACUAGUAUGGAUAAGGAAAGAUUGGAACGUGCUUUACAUUUCACUAAUAGAUUGGAUGGGAAAAUUGCAAAAUCGAUUUCUCGUGCUAAAUUCGUUCAAAGUACAAGGAAAGCAGGAUGGGAAAGUACAAAUGAAUCAAUUAAAAGAGAUUUGAUUUCACAAGCUGGUCUUGUUACCAAAAAUAAAAAUUUACAUUUAUCUACUACUAUCGAUAAGAAUGAUGAUAUUGAGAAAGAUAUUGAAAAUGCUAAUAAGGUCGCGCUAGAGAAUGAAGAAGGGGAAGAAAAAACUAUAAUAGUAGAUCAAAAACCAAUAAUCACUAAAAAUUUGUUUGAUUUGUUACCUUCUGAAAUUGAAGAGUAA